CAUUAAAUAUCACAAUUUCAUAGUGCCGACAACAUUACUAUUUGAUACAAAAAGCAAGUAAUUUGAUGAAAUAAUGAACUUAAACAAAUAAAGGGACAUUUAUAUUGGAAAAUGACUUUUUAAAAACAAACAAGCAGUAACAUGUUACCCUCCCUUGGCUUAUUUAAAGGAUUUUCGUGUCCAUAUUAUACCGGAUUAAAUAGCAAUAACAGUAAUGUUGGAUUACAAUCCUGCCAAAGGCCUUAUUGCCAUUUUAAGCAUGUGCGAAAAGAUGAAAACAUAAGCUCGCAAAACAUAUCUAUGCCUGAGUAUAAACCUUCACCAAAGCUACUUCCAUUACCAACAAUUACAAAAUCUAAACCAAAGUUGGAAUACCAACCCGAAAAACCUGCGUUGAAUGCCAGUCCUUCAAAGCCCUCACUUGGUAUUGAAAUCAACGCUCCAAUUUAUAUCCCAGGAGCAUGUAAUAAUGAUGAUCAAGGCUUGUUUACUUUGAAUCUUGAUGAUUGUGAAGAUGAGUUAAACGAACUUGGUGAAAUACUUGAAAUUGAAGUAGAUAAAGACAAUAAAAAUAUUGAUGAAGGCCAAUAUGAUUGCGAGCAAGGAGAUAUUUCAGAAAAUCCAAAUAGUGAGGAUGUUAACGAGGAAUUAAACUCUGUGAUUACAAAACAAGAAACUGUUAACAAAGGAGAAAAAACAAGUUCACAUCAUAGUAGUAAUAAGGAUAUAAAGAUUAAAAAACAAAAUUCACUUUAUGAAGACUCAUCGGUUUCAAAGGAUAAAUCACAUCGGAAAGAAAGCACUCGUAUAAAAGUCUCCAGACAAGAAAAGAAAGAAAAAUCCAAAACAGAUACAAAAAAACAUAAAGAUCAUAGACAAGAUGGGCAUCGGAAAAAAGAUAGAGACAGAAGUAAAACUCAUGACAAUGAGAAAGAUGGCAAAUCUGCUUCUUCUUCAUCUUCGAGAUCUGAUUCAAAAAGUAGGCAAUCAUCUAGUUCAUCUGACGGCAGGGAGAACUCCAGACAUAGUAGUAGUUCCAAAACAAGCUCAAAGAAAUCUAGUACUUCAAAAUCAAGUCACAGCCCUUCAAAAGUUUUUGAAGAAGAAAUAAAAUUAGCCAAAUUACCAUUAAAGACCGAAACUCAUAACUCACCACCCAAGCUAACGGAAAUCCCAGAACAAUCCCCAAUGUCGGAAGAAAUCAAUAAAGAAUGCCAAAUGAUAUAUGAGCAAUUGGAAAAAGAUUUUGCCUCCAUGCAUAAAGAUAAUGCUGCUGAAGCGAAUAAUUGCACAGAUGAUUCUAAAGCGUCUAAACGCAAGCAAUCGGAAGAUGACGAGUAUGUUAUUAACUCUUUGCAAAAGAAGCGGGUGGCUUAUCAAAAUGCCGAGAAGUUAAAGGUGCAAUCUCCACUAUUGUUACGUAAGCCAGAUCACAUACGAAAUGCUAUGCAGGCCAUUUUCAAUCGUCAAACUGCCAUGCAUCGCAAAAGGGAAGAGGAUGCUUCUGCGGAGGCGGCCGCUGUACGCGAAGCCGAGGAAAAAGUACGUGAGGCCAACGAAGCGUUGAGGAAAGCAAAAGAAAAGAACCGAUCAAACAACAACAACAGCCAACUAACGCCACUCAUACCGAAGAGUUAUUUAACACCUCCAUUGCGAUUGGGCUCACGUACAAUCGCACCUGUCGCGAACAUUAUUGCCUUAGAGCGUGCAAAGAAAAAAGUGGAGGAACUUAAAGCAGAAAAAAAGCCUGCAUUUACACCCGCGCAAACAACAAAGAAGGGCGAACGAGUUGCGCAUAAAUUAACAGCAGCUUUAGCAACUAAAGAAGUGAUAAAACCUGCUAAGCCACCAGUUCUGGAAGCAAAUUCAUCAAAAAUAUCAUUUAAUAUUCGUAUGCAGUAUUACGAAAUGAUGGUAAAACAUUGUCUUGCCAUAUACCCAAAUAUGGCCGAUGCUUGGGAGCGGGCACAAACAGAAGAGCUCGCCGUGUUUAAAAAAUGUAAUACACCAGUAAUUUAUAAAAGCAGUGCUUUGUUAGCUAUUAACAAAUUAAGAAAGGAAGCAACUGAUUCUGGGAACAAACCGGCCGAUACAAAUAAAAUGGUCUCUCACGAAGUCAUAUUAGCCGGAAAAUUAGCAAAAUCAAAUACAUGGAGCGUUCAAAAAAAAAUAAGAAGUGAUGCGAGCGAUGGUAAUGAACCAUUUGAUAAGUUGCCCGGUCAUAAAGCAUACGAUAUGGUAUAUGACUUACGCCUCACAGAAGAACAGCUAACCUCAAACGGGUUUCCGCGAACUGGGAAAGGCCCGGGUAUUGCAGUUAUAACGAGCACAAGACCUUCGCGCCGUCCAAAUGCCGACGAACGCUACUGCAGUCGUUGUGGAAAAGUGUUUAAUUUGAAUGUAUAUGAUGAGGUGUGUGUAGAUGAGUGUAACUAUCACCCAAAAAGUGCUGGUUAUCGUAGAGGCUUUGCGGACAACCACCAUCGUUGUUGUCAGCAACCGGCUGGAACACCUGGUUGUUCAUAUGCUAAUUACCAUGUUACUGACUAUGUCAAUUAUGAUAAUCUCACCGGUUACAUUACAACAAUUGAUAAAGAUAGCGACUAUAUACCCACAAAGAAAGAUAUCUAUGCGCUUGAUUGUGAAAUGUGUUAUACAACAGCUGGUAUCGAAUUGACCAGAGUUACAGUCGUUGAUAUUAACGGGCGCACAGUGUAUGAUGCGCUUGUUAAACCAGAAAAUAAAAUUGUGGACUACAAUACUGUUUAUUCUGGUAUAACGGAGGCAAUGUUAAAAAACGAGACACGCACAUUGCGGGAUGUACAAGCCAUCCUCUUGUCGAUGUUUCAUUCGAAAAGCAUUUUAGUCGGUCACAGCUUGGACAGCGAUCUUAAGGCAUUGAAACUAAUACAUAGUGUAGUAGUAGAUACAUCGGUAUUAUUUCCACACAAAAUGGGGCCACCAAAGAAGCGUGCACUCAAAACCUUAUGUAUUGAAAAUUUAAAGCGCAUCAUACAAGAAAAUGAAGCUGGUCACGAUAGUGCAGAGGAUGCUGAAGUAUGUAUACAAUUAGUAAAAUUCUAUCUGCGUAAUAAAAUAAGUUGAGCAUUUGUCAACUUGGAAGAAAUUUUGGCAAAGACGAUUAAUACAUCACCUAUAGUAAAACAUGAACAAAAAAUAAUAGUGUAUUUAAAUAUAUAUCAUAUGGGAAUUUCAUCGUGUAA